AUGAAGGUGUACUCAGACACAAAGCACAAUGACACUGAGGCCACUGAGUUCAUUCUUCUGGGACUUAGCAUGCGACCAGAACUGCAACCAAUUCUCUUCAUGGUGUUUCUCAUGAUUUACCUCAUCACACUGACAGGGAACUUUGGCAUGAUCUUAUUAAUCAGGUUCACUCCCCAGCUGCAAACCCCCAUGUAUUUUUUCCUGACCCACUUGGCAUGUGUGGACAUUUUUUAUUCUACCAAUGUCUCUCCUUAGAUGCUAGUCAACUUUCUAUCUGAGAAGAAAACUAUUUCUUACAUUGGGUGUCUGGCUCAGUGCUUUGUUUUUGUCACGCUGCUCUUAACUGAAUAUUACAUGCUUGGUGCCAUGGCCUAUGACAGGUACAUGGCAAUUUGCAAGCCCCUGCAUUAUAGUACAAAAAUGUCCAGGCCAGUUUGUAUUUGCCUGGUCACUUUUCCCUACAUCUGGGGUUCUAUGGUGGGCACAAUGCAGGUGAUAUUGACCUCACGUCUUUCCUUUUGUGGACCCAACACCAUCAACCAUUUCUACUGUGCUGACCCGCCCCUCUUGAUGUUAACAUGUUCUGACACUUAUAUCAAGCAAACCGCCCUGUUUGUGUCAGCUGGGAUUAAUCUCACAGGUUCCCUUCUCAUCAUUCUCAUCUCCUACAUUUUUAUCUUCAUCACCAUCAUGAGGAUCCGUUCCAGUGAAGGGCAGCGAAAGGCUUUCUCCACAUGUGGCUCACACCUGACAGCUGUCACUAUGUUCUAUGGGUCCCUCUUCUGCAUGUAUCUGAGACCAGCAAAUGAGACGUCUGUUGAGCAAGGCAAAAUUGUGGCGGUGUUUUGUAUUUUUGUGAGUCCCAUGGUGAAUCCAUUUAUUUACAGCCUGAGGAACAAGGAUGUGAAACAGGCUCUAAAAAGAGUAUUCAUAAGAAACCUCUGCAAAGUGGAGAAAAGUUCAGCACCUACAGUUUCCCAUUAA